AUGCAGCUCUGCUUUUGCCUGCAAUCUGGGGAAGUGUUCGAUUACUGCUGCCGAGCUGAAAGGGGCGAUUGUUGGUUUGCAGUUGGCUUGGGAGAGGGGUUUUCGAAAAGUGCAGCUUAA